AUGGCCUCUGAAUCAGAAGUUGCCGGUUCUUCAACAGGCAGUAACAACGACGACCCUUCAAACCGCGACGAAUCGUCCAGGGCCACACGAGCAACUCCGGCCAGCGCAGUCGAUGCCAAAUACAUCAUCUGGGCCAGGAAAGGUACCUUGAAAGAAGAUGCCGACGGUUUCCACAAUACUCUUGUAGGCAUAGUUGGAAAUAAAGACGAGGUUGAAUUCCUCGUUAAUAAAAAAAACAUACCUUACGCCUGGCUCGCUGCUCUUACUGCAGCUCAGCUUGACAAGGUUAGAGCAGACGGUGUUGUCGACAGAGUUGAAGCCGACGUGCAACUUCGUACUGAAAGGCCUGGUGAUACUGCCGCUACUAGAAAACGAGACAACGUCCAGCGGCGCCCUAGCGAUGACAAGCCUAUAAUCGACCUUCGAAUGCUUUCAACACCGCCACAGACUCCGCUUCUCGAUUACUAUGCGUACGACGAUAGCGCUGGUGAGGGGAUAACCAUUUACAUGAUCGAUAGCGGCCCAUUCAACUUCGAGCAUUCUGAGCUUCAGCCCCUGGAUUCAUCUAUCACCCGCGAUAACAUCGAUGUAAUGGAUAGCCCUGGGCUAAUUGAUGAUAACUCCUAUCAUGGCACCUGUGUGGUUUCAAAGGCUGUUGGCAAUAAGGUUGGCGUAGCUAGGCGAGCCAACCUCAUUACAAUCCGCAUAGAUAUUACACCUGGCAAAUUUCGCUUUAUUAAAGCCUGGGAAACUAUCCGCGACGACAUCAAGAGCAAGGGUCUGCAUGGCAAGGCCGUUGUUUCAUCCUCGGCUGUGUUUGUAGCGACAAACGACCUCGAAUACAACCGGAAAACACUUUUCGACUUGCAAGAUUUAGUGCAAUCGAUUACCGAGAUGGAUGUGCCUGUCAUCUGCCCGGCCGGUAACAGUGCUGACAAACCCAAGGGGUCUAUCGAACCAAAUACUCUCCCAGCAGUGCUGGCCGAGCGGCUGCCCAUCAUCGUGGUUGGCUCGGCUGCCGUCAGCGGGACCAUGUCUAGGUUCAGCCAACGCGGGAAAUUGUUAACUACUUGGGCGGUUGGAGAAGAGAUCCAGUGCGCUGAUAGAAGCAGCGAGUCUGGCCUUCUUACCACAGAAGGCACUUCAGUUGCUGCUCCCCAGAUAGCAGGUCUUGCGGCUUACUUCAUGUCGCAUCCGAAAUUCCGCCUUCAGUUAAGGCCGGGCACAGUAGCAAAGGACAUGCAGAGCCUAAUACGCAGGUACGCGCACCCGCGUGCCCGAGCCUUUCACUACCCAGGUUUAGCCUGGAACGGAUUCAGACCGGCGUAA